AUGGGCGGUCCAGAAGAUGGUCCACAGCUGCGUCAGGCCCACGAACCCUUCGUGCAGCCGGGAUAUUCCGAUCUCAAUCCGGCGUAUGAGCAACCGGCGAAUGCGAAGCCGGUCUGGUCGCUGGCAAAGCCCUUGCCGCGUGUAGUGCGGCCCGGCAUGGUGCCCACCAAGGAGGAGCUGCUCGACUCCCGGUUGCGGCCCGAACGUCCAGCGGAGAACUCGCAGAAGCUGGGACUAGAAGUGGAUCCAAAUGACCUGGAGCAGGGGCAGAUUCCCAAGAUGGCGGAUCCCCGCAAGAUGGCCGCGCAGGUCGAGGACGCUCGCCUGCAGCGCGAAAGCAACUUCGUCAAUAAGGUUCUGACAGGGGAUGUUGGUUCACCACGCGUAUCACGGACGUCCUCGGCUCGCCGGCGCCGCCCUUCCGUACGGUUUGAUGCCCCAGGCGAUCAACUUUCCAUUGUCCCCGAGGGACCGAGCGCAGCUCCCAGCGAGGCCGGGGAAGACCUGCCUCAUGGCAGUGACGAACCACUGGAGCCUGUACCAGAGCAACCUGAGGUAGAUACUGCUGCUGCGGAUGCCCUACCAGACCUAUCGGCUUUGCAUGAGUCGGCGUUGCCGGAAGACCUCCACCCACUUGUACAGGAGCUGGUGGAAGAUGAAGUCCAUAACAACCAUACAACCUGGUCUGUCAUUCGCACUCAUCACCGCGAGGCGCUGGCGGAAUCUCUUGCAGUGUUUGUUCAACUGACUAUCGGCUUUUGUGCUGAUGUCUCCGUCACCGUGGCUAAUGCCGGUAAUCCCAACACGACUGCAUGGGCAUGGGGCUUCGCUACCAUGAUGGCCAUCUAUAUCUCCGGUGGUGUCUCGGGAGCCCACCUCAACCCCAGUGUAACGAUCAUGUUGUGGUUCUAUCGUGGCUUUCCCAAGCGUAAAAUGCCCGAAUACUUCCUCGCACAGUUUGUAGGUGCAUUUGUUGCCGCACUCACUGCCUAUGGUGUAUUCUAUCAAUCAAUUCACCACUACCUUCUUACUAGCCCAAGUACUGGGAUCGUAACCAGCUUUGUGACUAGCCAGCGUCAGACCUGGAUUGAUCCAGCAACUGCCUUCUUUACAGAAUGCCUCGGGACUGUCCUCAUGGCUACUACUGUGCUGGCCCUGGGUGACGACCAGAACGCCCCUCCAGGCGCGGGUAUGAACUCGCUGAUUGUUGGAUUAAUGGUAUAUGUACUCAGCAUCACCUUCUCCUACCAGACAGGUGCCGCAUUCAACCCCAGCCGUGAUUUUGGACCGCGUCUUGCUUUGCUGGCCCUCGGAUACGGGUCCAAACUUUUUACCAAUCCGUACUGGUUUUAUGGCCCGUGGGCAGGCUCCGUAUGUGGCGCCAUGAUCGGCGCUUUCCUUUACGAUUUUAUGAUCUUCACGGGCGGCGAGUCACCGGUGAACUACCCCUGGGAGCGUACCCAGCGCUCCAUACGGAAGAGUCGUAUGAAGUGGAAGAAACGAUUGCGGAUUGGCCGUCGUCGACGCGGUUUGUCGGAUAAAGUUGUUGCAUGA